AUGAUUUUCUGUUCCACUCAUCUGAGAUGUUGUUUAUUUUUCAAGAUAUCCACGGAUCUGCAAAGGAGACCUUCUAAGGAUGAUGCUCUAUCAAAAGCGGCUUUAGAGCUUAGUGGUGUUCCGCUUCGCUAUUGGGAAACUUUCAAGGUGAGAAAAUUGGUCACAAGUUUGAGGUCAGGCUCCCCACGCUGUUUCAUUUUAUUAUUUCGUGCAGAUACAAAAGAAUAUUUUUUUGUUAAGGCUGCUCCUGUCCCAUCAAGUAGCAAUACAGAGUUUCGUGUAUGCUGUUACAAUGUCCUGUGUCAACUAACCACUCUAAAAACUAUGUACCUCUACGGGCAUUUAAGGUAUGACAGUAGUCCGCUCCGAUGGGAGCAUCGGUGGCCAAUACUGGAACAAGAAUUGAUACGGCUAAAUGCGGAUAUACUCGGUUUACAGGAAGUGCAGUAUGACCAUUAUGACUCGUGCUUCCGAUCAUCAAUGUCCAAAGUCGGCUACGUGUCAUACUACAAAAAGCGGACUGGUAUGAUGAAUGACGGAUGUGCAGUAUUCGUGAGGAAGAGCAAGUUCGACGUCGUCAGUUACCGGAUCGUUGAGUAUUUCGUUGCUGCUGGUACCUCUAUGGACAGAGAUCAAAUAGGUAUCGUCCUGCGAUUGCGUUGUAAGAAGACUGGGCAAGAGUUGAUUUAUGCGAACACACAUUUGAUAUUCAACUCAGCUCGGGGUGACAUUAAAAUAGGUCAACUUGCUAUGCUGUUUGCCAACAUCAUUGAUGUAGGUUAUUUUGUACAUCCUUGCCAUAUCACAGAUCUCAUCCACUAG